AUGACAGUUAUCCAAAACUCCCACGGCCUCUCUGGCUCUGGGAUAAGGAGUAUACUUGCAUUGUCGCGUUACCCCAACGUGGGUCCCUUCACUAACGUUCAAGAAAGAAGCAAUCUUUACAUCAACGAAUUCUGGGAAGAUCCGGCGCUGGAUUUCGACUACAUGAACCCGUGCAAGUCGAAUAUCUCGUUUGACGACAAGGUUCUUCAAAAAUUGUGGAUUCCGAACACGUGCUUCAUUAAUUCAAAAAACGCUGCUAUUCACGAAUCCCCAUUCAAGAACGUUUUUCUCAUGGUAUUCGCAAAUGGCACACUGUGGACGAAUUAUCGGAUGAAACUCACUGGUCCAUGCGAUAUGAACCUCAAACGGUUUCCCUUCGAUCAGCAGAAAUGUACAACUAUAACACAGCGGCGUGAAGGUGCGACAUGCAUGAAUCAGCCAUAUCCCGUCAUAUUACUGAAACCAAUUCAGCUCCCCGACUUUGAAAUGGUCAACUUUAGUGUUAUUGCGGUUGAACAGGUAACCAUUCCCAUCCUACUGGGAUUGAUUUAG